AUGGCUUCCAACGCAGAACCUCUCGCCGCCAUUUCACGGCUCCAAAGAUCCACCGUAGAUUCAGCCGUGAGCGCCCUUCUGAAAUUUAAAUCCGCCGCCCAAUCAUCCUCCGACAAGCUUCAGCUCCUUCCGGAAGACGAUUACAUCUAUCUGAACCUCACCCUCAAGAAAAUCCCCUCAAACCCUCGGACGAACCCCUUCAGAAUCGCCCUCCCCCACCCGAUUCUCGACGCCGCUUCGCAGCUCUGCUUGAUAAUCGACGACAGACCCAAGUCGCCAACGCCUCCCUCAGACCAAAUCAAGAAGCUCAUCAAGGCCCAGGACAUUCCCAUUUCCAAAGUCAUUAGGGUUUCGAAGCUCAAGUCGAACUACAAGCCCUAUGAAGCAAAGAGGAAGCUUUGUGACAGUUACGACUUGUUCCUGGUCGACAAGAGGGUGGUACAUUUGCUGCCCAAACUGAUUGGAAAGAAAUUCUUCAAGAAAAAGAAGCUGCCCCUUGGGGUAGAAAUGGGUAAGAAGAACCUCAAGUUGCAGGUGGAAAGGGCUUUGGGGAGUGCCCUUUUGUAUAUGAAGACCGGGACUUGUUGUGUGAUGAAGGUCAGCAAGGUGUCCAUGGAGAAGGAAGAGAUUGUGGAUAAUGUGUUGGAUGCAGUUCAAGGGGCUGUUCAGAGGGUGCCGAAAAAAUGGGACGGCGUGAGGAGUUUGCAUCUGAAGUUUUCGGACUCUUUGGCUCUGCCCAUCUACCAGGCCAUGCCGGAUGUGAAGCUGAAAAUCGAGGGUCUGAAGGAGAGUGAUAGAGAGGGCGAACGUGCAAAAGAUAGCGAGAAUGAGGGUGAGACUAAGGAAAUGAGUGGGAAGAAAGAAGGUAAAGUUGGGAAGAAAAAGAAGAAGGGGAGAAUUCAUGAAGUUCAUUAUAUGGAUGUUGGUGAGGACAUGGAGAGUGAUGGUGGUGUGGAUGAAAGUGAGCGAGUGGGGAGUGAAGGAAAUUUAAUGGAGGAAGGUGAAUAUGAUGAGGCUGAUAUGGAUGAUGAUAAGAAGACUGAGGAAGAUGAGAUUAUUAAAGCAGCUUUGGAGCAGCUAAAUAGAACCAAAGAUUCGAAAGAAAAGUCGGUGAAGAAAGAGGCAAAAGCUGAGAGAAUUGGUAGAGGGAAACCGAAGAAAGAUGAAUCAUCUGGAAAGAAGGGGAAGAAAAAGAUUGAGAUUGAGAAAAAGUCGGGUGAAAAAUUUGCCAAGGUGAAGGGAGUGAAACACAAGAAAAAAGUUGUCCCCAAAAUGAUCUGA